AAUGAUAGUAUCAUUGCAGAUUAAACUAAAUUAUAAAAAGAUCAUCAUUCAUAUUCUCUAUGACCCUAUAGAUUUCAAUGAUUGAUGAAAAAACUCUAAAAACUAUAAUCCUUACCUAAACUUGAUCUUUCCGGUACAUCUUUUGGUAUCAUUUCUGGAGCAAAUCUUCUUCCUGAAUCGAAGACUCUGCACGGACAGAUUCCUCUUCUUGAACGGCAUCAUGAUGACUCGUGAGAGGUUCUCAAGAGGGACAUACCAUGGGAAACUUACAUGUCAGCAAAGCUUAUUACAGAAACACAUCUUCAGCUACUAAGGCGCUAUGACAAAAAAUCUGCAAGCCAAAGAGCUGCUUUGCUUGAUGAAGAUGGACCAGCUUUUGUACGGGUCUUCAUGAACAUAUUGAGUGACGUUUCCAAGGAAGAAACGGUGGAAUAUGUGCUUGCUCUCAUUGAUGAAAUGCUGGCAGCAAAUCUAAAGCAGGCUAGACUUUUUCAUGAUAAUUCAUUAUCAAGCGAAGACACUUAUCAACCUUUUUUAAGAUGGCUCCGGGAAGGAAAUUUGUUCAUACAAGACAAGAGCAGUAAAAUAUUGACUCUGAUAGUGAGUGCUCAUCCUAAAGUUCAAGAUGGUCUUGUUCCAAAUGGAGAAUCCUCACAUUCAAAAAGCAAGAUCUCAAAGACUGAUAUGGUUCUAAAUGGACUACUUGACUGGCUGUGUUCUCAGCUGAAGACUCCAUCUCAUCCUAAUCGCUCUGUGCCUAUGGCUAUAAAUUGCCUAGCCAUUUUGCUAAGAGAACCCUGGGUUAGGGUUUCAUUUAUUCAAUCAGAUGGUGUCAAAUUAAUAAUUCCUUUGAUAUCACCAGCUUCAAGCCAGCAGUCCAUCCAGCUUCUUUAUGAAACUUGCCUUUGUAUUUGGCUCUUGUCCUAUUAUGAUGCAGCAGUUGAUUACCUGGCCACCACUAGGGUCUUGCCAAGGCUAGUUGAGGUUGUAAAAGGUUCAACAAAAGAAAAGGUUGUGAGGGUAAUUAUGUUAACAUUGCUCAAUCUGUUACCAAAGGCAGCAUGUGGGGCCCAAAUGAUUGAUCUUGGACUACCACAAAUUGUCCAGUCUCUAAAAGCUCAGGCCUGGAGUGAUGAGGAUUUGUUGGGUGCACUAAAUCAGUUAGAAGAUGGACUUAAGGAACACAUCAAAACUCUGAGUUCCUUUGAUAAAUAUAAGCAGGAAGUUCUUCAGGGUCAUCUUGACUGGUAUCCUAUGCACAAGGAUCCAGGAUUCUGGCGUGAAAAUAUUACAAAUUUUGAAGAAAAUGACUUCCAGAUUUUGCGUGUCCUCAUCACGAUCCUCGACACUUCCAGCGACCCAACCGCACUUUCUGUUGCGUGCUAUGACUUGUCUCAGUUUAUCCAGUACCACCCUGCUGGAAGAAUUGUCUCAGUUUAUCCAGUACCACCCUGCUGGAAGAAUCAUGGUGUCGGACCUGAAGGCCAAGGACCGGGUGAUGAAACUCAUGAAUCACGAGAAUGCUGAGGUGACGCGGCACGCCCUUCUGUGCAUCCAAAGGCUUUUCCUGGGUGCCAAAUACGCUAGCCUUUUGCAGUCUUGAUCACUCUUCGUGACCAUCUCAAGUUUGAACCAUGGCUUGCAACCGCAAAUGCCUAGCAGACAGUGAGUUUUGUUGUUCAUUCGUAAAAUCCGUUAUUAUUUUUUGCUGCAUGUAAUAAAUUCUACUCUUUCGUUUCAAAUGCUCUUUUAAGCAUAUUCGAUACUCGAUUUGCCCAAGUUGGGCACAUUUUUAUGGGACUGAAAUAAUUUGCUGUGUGGUUGAGUUCAUUUGUCA